AUGGACGACAACGAGGACGAUAUAACACCAGCACAAGUUGUGGCGGAUAUGAGAACUGCGUGGCAUUCGGAAAGUGUUUCUCCUUGUUUGCUACAGAGUCGGCUAGAACUUGUACAUUGUCUUGUUGAUCAGAUUGAGGAGAUGGAUAAAAAUUUAAUGACCGUCCAAGAUCGAACCCACAUCAAAGUGUCUCUUCAUCGAUUAGAACUUCAACGGCUAAAUUAUAUGAUCAACAGCUAUAUGCGCCUACGGUUGAAGAAAAUAGAGGAGAAUCCAAUCUUCUUGCUAGAGAAACAUAAAGAAGGAAUCGAAAAAAAUAAGCCACCUCUGAUGUCGGAAGAAGAAUUGAAGUUUGCGCAUCGAUUUGCGACAGCACAAACAUCCGUGUUUAGCUCUACAAUCACUCAACAUCUCCCAGCAUCAUUGGCGAGGGUUCCGGUUCCUUCAGAAGAUCUUUCGGUUGAGCGGGUGUUCAUUUCUGUCGAGUCCGACGACGUUGAAGAUGUAGCCGUACCCGAAGGAGAUGAUCCCAAUUCUGAGUUGCUUCUUCCAAUGCAACGCGAAAACAUUUACUUCUUGCCUUUGCUGUCAAUUUUACCAGCUCUCGAGAAAAAUCAAGUCCGACUUCUU